AGAAGCAAAAGUUGGCAUGCUAUCAGAAGACGAGGAACGGCGUCAUCAAGAAAAUAGCUUCACCAACUUCUACUGCUCCGGGUAAUACCGAGGUACAAUCGAUCAUUAGUGACGGACGAUUGAAAUUUGCAGAAGGCACUAAUAUGAAGCUUGAUAGUGAUCCUUUUCCCAUUAAUGUCAUCGAGUUUGAGAACAAGAAGAUGCUUAUUCGGUCAGCUCAAGCCGGGUCUGUAAAAGGGGAAAACAUUAUUGUUGAUGAUAAUGUUGCCCCAAGGAUGAUUAAGCCAAAAAAUCCAGAAGUGGGAGUAUGGAAAGUUAAUGAAGGCAAGAAGCAAGUUCCAAGGUUCAGGCCAACAGUUAAGCAGCUGUUGGACAAGUAUACAUCACGGCAGGCCAGCAAUGUGUUUAAUCGGCUUGGAGGUGCUAAGCGUCCUCAUUCUCCUUCUAGACAUGGUUUUAGUGGUCAAAGGUACCGGAAUAGAAAUUCAUAUAAUCAGCAACAAUAUCGCGAGAUGGGGUCAACAUAUUUGGGCCGUGCACCUCCCAUGCGCCUGCAGAUUCCUCCAUGGGGUUAUAAUUGCUCAGCACAAUAUUCUACUAUAUCAGUGGGUUGUUUUCACCAAGGAGUGAGACCAUCUGGGCCUAUAAUUGCAAGACAAAUGUCCAACAAGAGGGCUCGAUUUGAUCAGGAAUCUAGAUCACGUGGUGCUAUUCAUGGUGGCUAUAUGAAUUCAGUUUCUAAAACUUUUGAUCCAGCUGAGAGAGAAGCUGGUUUGCCUAGGGGGAAAGCAUUUGCAUCAUCUAUAGGUAGCCGCUCGCCUAAACAUAAUGCAUAUGGAAAAAUUUAUAUGGGAUGCAAGCAAUUCACAGGUGGCGUCAAUAAGCCAGUGGAAAGUUUAGAUGAGUCUACUGUUUAUGAUCCGAAAACGGAUGAUAUUCCAGGAAAGCAAGGUAAUGGCGUGCAGCAGCAAGGCUCUAAUAUUAUUUAGAAGGAUACUACAGUAAAAAAGUGCAGCUUGCAGGUUCAUUCGGAAGUUGAUAUACAGAAAAAUUCUGAGAAGGCAUAUGGUGCAUCACCAGACACUGGAACCUCCAAGGAUGUACCAAUGGCGAACAAUGGACUGAACUCUAGUGCUGGCAAGCGACGUGAAAAUUCAAGCAAUACUAGUGGCAGAGCAGCUAGAAACUUAUUUUGACAAACAGUAGGUUGAAUGGUAGUCCGUUUGAGCAGUAGAGAAUUUUUUCGGCUAAGAGCAGUACAUUCAUGCCAAGAAUAGCAGUACCUCCAUACCGGCCGAGAAACUUGUGAGGCAGUAGCAGGAUCAUGUCAGUUGCACCAGGGACAAAACCAAAGCCUCAGUGGUGCCCUGCAGGACUCACACAUACUGAAAAGCGGAGAGUACAGCGGCUGCGAGCACUGGAAAUUAGGGAAGAGCAAUCUGAUAAGAGACGCGAUGAGUGUUUCAAUCAAGCUAGGCCCAUGGUGUCUACGAAGAUGACUUGGAAAGAGAAGCGUAUUGCGAUAGAGGAAGGUAACACCAUAUAUGGAAUGAGUAUUGGUGAAAAUUCAGAAAAUAGAAAUAACAUUCAUGAUACUAUGGAUAUUAAUAUGGUGUUCAUGUUGCCUUCUGAAUUUCGUGCUGCUGAAUCAGAAGUUGCUGAGCUUGAUCUUGGCCCAAAAGAUGCUAUAUUUGAGAAACCAGAGAAGCCUGGCCAGCACCUGAAGCCUUUAUUCAUCAAAGGUCAUGUUGAUGGUAAGCCUGUUGGUCGCAUGCUUGUUGAUAGUGGUGCCGGAGUUAAUGUUAUGCCUCUUUUGGCCUUUUCUAAACUGGGCUGAGAUGAAAGUGAUUUAAAGAAGACCAACAUGGGACUUAGUGGGUUCUCAGGAGAGCUAUCUGAAGCCAAGGGUAUUAUUUCUAUGGAGCUAACUGUAGGGAGCAAAACAAUUCUGACCGCAUUCUUUAUUGUUGAUGUCAAAGGUUGAUAUAAUAUUCUGUUAGGACGCGAUUGGAUUCAUGAAAAUUGCUGCAUACCUUCAAGUUUACAUCAAUGCUUGAUUCAAUGGGUUGGUGAUGAUGUGGAGGUGAUUGAGGCAGAUAAUUCAACUUGUAUUGCAUUAACUGAUGCGUAGGUUGAUUGGCAACAUGAUGGGAUGAGAUGCUUGACAGGAAUGGAUUUUUCAGAUUGUGAUUAUCUGGCUAUUGGCAGAGAUGGUUUUGUACCAGUAAAUCUACAGCUGGUUAUGGUAGCUCAGCUUAAUAAUUUGUCUUUUUGAACAAUGAAUAAAGAAGAUAGUAUCAAGUGGUUGCAAAAGCGUACUGAGCAGUAUCGUUCAGGCAAGAAUGGUAUGCAUGAAACUAUUGAAGACUUUGACGAUGUGGAGAAACUUGGACAGGGGUUCUUAUCGGCUGAUCCGCUUGAGGAAAUUGAUAUUGGUGAUGGAAGUAUUCCCAGGCCUACGUACAUAAAUGCAAACCUGGAAGCUGAUCAGAAAAGUAAGGUAUGCGCAUUGCUUAAAAAAUUUGUUGACUGCUUGGCUUGGAGUUAUACAGAGAUGCCCGAUUUGAGUAGGGAAAUCUAGUGUUCGAAAAGAACUAGUCUAAAAAGAUCCGAUAGUCAAGAUUAAUUGUAUACUAUGCGCGUGUGCAGGGGCCUCCCUCAUCAAUUUUUUUCUUUAUUUUUUGGGUGCAAAGCUAUCGGCCUGGAGCCCGCUCGUAAAGGGGGAUUACUGACCGGUAUUAAAGGU